AUGACGCGCUAUGAGUGUUAUGUAACGUUAAACAGUAGGCGUAGACGCUUCGUGCUGGUCCACAGCACGGGCGAUGAUCGGCUUAACUUCUGCGGUUUGGCAUUAAAUAGUGCUACACUUUAUAGAAACCGGGACCCUGCAGAGACCUACAAGGGGGGUAGAGUGGCAAUUUUCAGAGCAGCCCUAAACGGCGGAGAGGCGGAUCUCGAAAGCAACGGCUCUGAUUACUACUACCAUGAUACAGCGGUGACCUCCACCGACAACAACUUCUUUAGUAAGGUCGAGGCUGAUAUAUUCCCUGCGUUGCGGGUGCAGAUUUGGGAGAACUAUGGUUACGGCAGGGGGGAGGGUUCGGACCGCGGCGCCCAAAUCAUCGGACGAUGCAGCACCUGCCACUGGAUGGCACGAGGUGGCAGACGUAAACCUGGACCACAGGGAGGGGCAGGACGUCCAUUAAGGCCCCCCAAAAAGAUGAUACCUGAUUGGGAGUGGACUCCCUCCCUUUAUCGUGCCAAGCAGAGGGAGCUCAUCUCGAAAAUGGACCCUUGUUGUGUAGAGGAGACUCGCAUGUACAUCAAGGAGGAGUGGGUUAGGCCAGCGUCACUUCCUACACUGAACGAAUGGAUAGGCAGUGGGGUGUGGAUGCGGGGUAAGGCGGGCACGGGUGACCCGACCGAAAUAGCUGUGGAGGGAAAGAGGAAGAAGACGCGGAGGUACAAGGGGGUAGACGCUGCCCUCAAGAGUGAUCAGCAGCUCUACCAUGAGUUGCUAACCCUCACGAGCGAGAAGAUGCAACAAUCAGAGAGGGGUAAAGUGCGCCCCCGGUGGUGUGAUUCAAGUAUUAUAUCGUGAAUUAACAUUUUCAGCUGCAUUGCACAUUUUUAUGGUGAACGAAAACAUCGUGAGAAAACCUGGUAUUAAGUUUAAAAUCCAAUCCGCCUUAAGCUAGUGUGGUGAUUAAUGGUCAAACAAAUAAAAAUAAUCCUGCAAUCCUGCAAAUGAAUUGACGAAAACCGAUUGUCUAUUUUUUUUAAUGUAAACAUCAUAUUACGAGCGUAAUUUACAAACACAGCAUAUAAUUAUAGAUUGUUACAUAAGCCAUACAAAAAUUACAUUGUAUUUCUUCAGUUCAAAUGAAAUCUAUGCAGACCU